AGGAUUGCAGGUUCAUCUGUGCGGUCCGGACUGCGGUUCUUUGGCCUGACUGUGGCCCAGUCUGCUUUGGAUCAGAGUGGAGACGGGCUUCCUGACAUUGCAGUCGGGUCCAAAGGAGCGGUUCUGCUGCUCAGGUCCAGGCCCAUCGUAUCCAUGGUGACCAGAGUGACCUUUACCCCACCCAAAAUCCCCACCUCUAUCUCUGGCUGCACGGAUUUCCAACAGAUCACAGCAUCAGUGUGUUUCAGCAUGACCAAGGCCACUAAUGACAUCUUCAAAGACCUGCAAGCAGAACUCAGCUACACCCUGAAGCUGGAUUACGUCCGGCAACGGACUCGCGCCUACUUCACGGCCAAUGAAAAAGAGAAAAACUUCCAGUCCUCAGUGUCACUACAAGAACACUGUGCCCAGCAUCCUUUCUUUGUGCAGUGCUCACUUGAGGACGCUCUGAGUCCUGUGGACGUCCAGGUGAUCGUCUACUUUGAGGGGGUUCCUAUACAGACUGCAGACGGCCUGGUACCACAGCUGGCCAGCGGCUCCAGUAAAGUCACAGACCACAAGUUAAAUUUUGAGAUCGACUGUGGAGAAGACAAAGUCUGUGAAGACGACGUACGAGUUGACAUUAACUUUUCUGGGUAA